UUCUAAUAAUCUGACUGUUGAGCAGGCUGAGAUGAGUAACAGACUGUAAUGAAGUAAUAGUUUUGUUUUGUUUUUUUGUCUUGUAGCUGAUAGUAUUCUGUUGUAUUUUUCACUUCUCAGUAAUCUUGAAAAAACUGCUAUACAAAUGGCAAUGCAUAUCACUGUUACAGAUAUAAAUGACAUUAUAUCCAUCUGUAUUAGUGGGUGUCAUGGAAACCAAGCUACAAUCUACAUAAUGCACUGUUUUACAUCAUGUUUACAGUCAUACAUCUCAAUCCUAUAUGUGUGCUUCACGUGUUUUGUUGUGGUCCAACUGAAUAUUGCGUUUUUAUUGUAAUAUCGCACGUUAGCUAAUUUCCAAUGAGUUGGAAAUGCCAGAUGAACUUCAGGAUUUAAAAAAAAAGAAAAAAAAAAGAUCUCACUUUUGAUCGCUAGAGGGCGGUAAUGGACUAUAGAAAUAGUUCCUCUACCUUGAAACGAAGAGUAAGGCCAAUGCAGCGUUCAUGAUUUUCGGACAAAACCACUCCACAAAGACUUUAAAGCCAUAUCACGAAUGUGUUGACCUUACACACUUUCUAAAGCGUAAUAUGUCCAGCAGUGGUUGUAGUUUCAGUUACUUAUAGUUUGUCUUCAUAGAUUUUUAACACGUGUUGGGCAGACAUGCUACUAACUGGCUUUUUUUAAUGCAAAAAAAUUGAGGUGAACGUUAUUUUCAAGGAGGAUACUCAAAUUCCCAUCUUUAUCGUAUGCCUCAAACACGUCUGAAGAAGAGAAGGUUGCUCAUUAGUUAGCUGGUUAGCGACUGCGUAAAGAUGCAAUUGGCUUUAAGUAAAACGUUUGGACAGAAACCAGUGAAAUUUCAAUUAGAACAAGAUGGAGACUUUUACAUGGUUGGCUCAGAGGUUGGAAACUAUCUGCGCAUGUUCAGAGGCUCUCUGUAUAAAAGAUAUCCAUCUUUAUGGAGGAGACUGGCCUCAGUGGAGGAGAGGAAGAAAAUUGUAGCAUCAUCACAUGCCACCAGUGUUACUUUGCUGAAGGCAUCAGAAUGUGAAGAAAUCUUCGAGGGGAAUGAUGAGAAGUACAAGGCAGUGUCCAUCAGCACAGAGCCCCCAGCUUACCUCAGGGAGCAGAAAGCAAAGAGGAGCAGUCAGUGGGUCCCCACGCUGCCCAACAGCUCUCACCAUCUUGAUGCUGUGCCUUGCUCCACCACCAUAAACCGCAACCGAAUGGGCCGUGACAAGAAGAGGACCUUCCCCCUGUGCUUUGACGACCACGACCCUGCAGUGAUCCAUGAGAACGCAGCUCAGGUCGAGGCACUGGUUCCCAUUCGUCUAGACAUGGAGAUAGAUGGACAGAAACUGCGAGAUGCCUUCACAUGGAACAUGAAUGAGAAACUGAUGACCCCAGAGAUGUUUGCAGAGAUUUUAUGUGAUGACCUGGACCUGAAUCCUCUGGCCUUUGUUCCCGCUAUUGCCUCAGCCAUUCGUCAGCAGAUUGAAUCCUACCCCACUGACAGCAUACUGGAAGAGCAGGCAGACCAGAGAGUCAUCAUCAAGCUGAACAUCCACGUGGGAAACAUUUCUCUGGUGGACCAGUUUGAGUGGGACAUGUCAGAGAGAGAGAACUCGCCAGAGUCUUUUGCACUGAAGCUGUGCUCUGAGCUGGGUCUGGGCGGAGAGUUUGUCACCACUAUCGCCUACAGUAUUCGUGGUCAGCUCAGCUGGCACCAGAGGACCUAUGCCUUCAGUGAGAACCCACUCCCAACAGUAGAGAUUGCCAUCCGCAACACAGGUGAUGCAGACCAGUGGUGUCCCCUGCUGGAGACCCUCACAGAUGCUGAAAUGGAGAAGAAGAUCCGAGACCAAGAUAGGAACACAAGGCGUAUGAGACGAUUGGCCAACACCGCUCCUUCCUGGUAGAAAGCUGCAUCGGAUGAUGUGUCCUCUGGAGACUCCUGUUACUCUGAAAUGAUCAAGUAAAUACACGCAGAGUUACAUAAACACACACACCCACACACACACACACACACACACACACAGGUCAUCCUUAAAGCAUCAAUGAAGCAUCUGGAUGUUCCUGUAAACAUGACUGCACUCACUGACAUGUGGUCAGUCUCCAUGGGCACCUCACUGAUUGAACACAACACAUACAUCCAGGCAUUCCGUAAUUAUGUUUCAUCUUGCCUUCAGCACAUUAGUCAUAGCAGCAGUUCAAAUGUAACCCAACAUCACUGUUUGGCAGUGUUUUUUAAUUGAAGGAGGUUGAUCUGAUGUCUGUUACCUAAAUUACUGUUACACACACACCAUACCAUGCAACAUUCACUCUACACAUGUCAACUCAAAACUCUUGGCAUUGCAGAGCAAUGACUGAUUUUAAUGAUUCUGUAUGAAUACAGUAUGGACAGCAGUUAUAUGACAUCACUAGGGCAACUCUCCAGCAGUCAUUUUCAUAUCCUCAGACCUUUAUCACUCCUGUACUACAGGUCUGCGGGUUUCUCUGUCUGCCAGGGUCAAAACUCCAGUUGAAAAGACUGAAAUAUCUGUGACUGAGCAGUUGAAAUUAGAUCCUGUCUUUAUCGACGUUACUAUUGCACUAUAGGUGUUUUUGCAGCAGACAUUAUGAACACCUUGGAAAGAAAAGUCUUAUUGAUUCCCAAUACCAAUAUCAAUGGCUCUGGAUGGAAUGAAGUCAUUUGUAAUAUUAUUAAUACUUAUGCUUUUCCUGCUAUGACAAGUUAAAGGCCCCAUUUACACUUGUAAUUUUAAAUGUCUGAUAUUGAAGACACUUUAAAGGGAUAGUUCAGUUUUUUGAAGUGGGGUUGUAUAAGGCACUUAUCAAUAGUCAGUAUAUUACCUACAGCAGAUGUCAGUCGGCAUGCCCCCAGUUUGGAGAUGCAGGCGGGAGUCCAACAUGGAAACUAAGCAAAGUAUUGCUGUGGAGGGGUCAGCAACAAAUUGUAUUUUAGCUACCUAAAAAAGAAUUCCAUAUCAAUAUAAAUGUAUGCUAUAUUGAUAAUAUUUUCACUGUUUCACGCUAAUGUCAGACAGUGAUUUUAAAUAAAAUUCAAUAA